CUAACUAAUCAAUAGGUGAAUUGCAAACAAUCCAGCAACUAUCUCAAGGGAUCGAUGAACCUUCUCAAGAGUUUCGAUUCCUGUAUUGAUCGGGCGCUGAUGAUCUGGAUGUUUUGCGCCUAGACAUCGAAACAAACAAACAAACAU